AGGAUCUACACUGAGCUCUACAUCACAGAGGGACAGAGUGAAGAGGUUAAUACCCAACAUGAGGUGAGGCAGCUGGAGACAGCUUCCAAGAUGGAGACCCUCCAUGACACUCCAAUCAAGUGCCACGACAUCUUUAAAGCCUUACCUGACCAACAGAGACGCAUCAGAGUCGUUCUGACUAACGGCGUCGCUGGUGUUGGAAAAACCUUCUCAGUGCAGAAGUUCACUCUGGACUGGGCAGAGGGCUCUGAAAACCAAGACAUCAGUCUGCUGGUUCUGCUUUCGUUCAGGGAGCUGAACCUGAUCAAAGAGAAGAAGUACAGUCUUCUCAUGCUGCUCCACGUUUUCCAUCCAACAUUAAAGAAGCUCACAGCAGAGAAGCUCGCUGUCUGUAAAGUGUUGUUCAUCUUUGACGGCCUGGAUGAAAGCAGACUUUCACUGGAUUUCAGCAACAGGGAGGUCGUGUCUGAUGUCUCACAGAAGACAUCUGUCAACAUGCUGCUGACAAACCUCAUCCAGGGGAAUCUGCUUCCCUCGGCUCUGGUCUGGAUAACUUCCCGACCUGCGGCAGCCAAUCAGAUCCCCCCUGCAUGUGUUGACAUGGUAACAGAAGUACGAGGCUUCACUGACGACCAGAAGGAGGAGUACUUCAGGAGGAGAUCCAGUGAUGAAGAGCUGUCCAGAAGAAUCAUCUCACACAUCAAGACAUCCAGGAGCCUCCACAUCAUGUGUCAGAUCCCAGUCUUCUGCUGGAUCUCUGCUACAGUUCUGGAGCACAUGUUGACCACAGAGCAGAGAGGAGAGCUGCCCAAGACCCUGACUGACCUGUACUCACACUUCCUGCUGGUUCAGACAAAGAGGAAGAAGCACAAGUAUGAUGAGGGACAUGAGACGAGUCCACAAGAGCUGACGGAGGCUGACAGGGAAGUUCUUCUAAAGCUGGGGAGGCUGGCGUUUGAACAUCUGGAGAAAGGAAACAUCAUGUUCUACCAAGAAGACCUGGAGCAGUGUGGUCUUGAUGUCAUAGAGGCCUUGGUUUACUCAGGAGUUUGUACAGAGAUCUUUAAAAGAGAGAGUGUGAUCUUCCAGAAAACAGUCUACUGCUUUGUUCAUCUGAGCAUUCAGGAGUUUCUGGCUGCAGUCUACAUGUUCCACUGUUACACAGAGAGGAAGACAAGAGAGCUGAGGAUUUUCCUUGGACAAGAUGACAAAUGCUACUUAUCACUCGAUGUCCUCCUCAGUGAUGCCAUGGAGAAAUCCCUCCAAAGUAAAAGUGGCCACCUGGACCUGUUUGUUCGCUUCCUUCAUGGCCUGUCUCUGGAGUCCAACCAGAGACUCUUAGGAGGCCUUCUGGGUCAGACAGAGAACAGACCAGAAAUCAUCCAGAGAGCCAUCAACAACCUGAAGAAGAUGAACAGAUAUGAUAUCUCUCCUGACAGAAGCAUCAACAUCUUCCACUGUCUGAUGGAGAUGAACGACCGCUCAGUACAUCAGGAGAUCCAAGAGUUCCUGAAGUCAGAGAACAGAUCAGAGAAGAGACUCUCUGAGAUCCACUGUUCAGCUCUGGCCUACGUUCUGCAGAUGUCAGAGGAGGUUCUGGAUGAGUUGGACCUAAAGAAGUACAACACAUCAGAGGAGGGACGACGGAGACUGAUCCCAGCUGUGGGGAACUGCAGAAAGGCUGUUGUAGUUGUGUUAGGAGGAGACCACUUCACAGUCAGUGUGGACCACAGGAAGGACGACUGCCACCAAAGACUCUUAAAUCAACGUGUGACAUCUUACUGUUGGUUGAAGUCAAGAAAUGUAAAUUUGUCCUUUAAUGUUGUUUGAUGACACAAAGUUCAGGAAGAAGAAGGUCAUGUAAAACCUUCAAUGAUGAAGAGGAUUUUAGUCCAACAUGUCUGA